AUGAUAUACGUGGCCAGAACUGCUAUUAAAAUUCCAACGGCGUUCAUAAUUAGUCGUAGUCUCUUAGAUGAAGCGUUCUUCUUGCAGAGGCAUUCUGUUGGUGUUGAUUCGAAGAUUCGUGCCCCGAAGGAUCUUGCCAAGACGCUUGCACCUGUAAAGAAAAAGGCUGCAGUGAUUGCUCUUCUAAAGGUGGAUGCUGCUAGAAGAUGGACCGAGUUGAGCACGAAACCCGCUCUCGGGCUACUAAGUUCCUUGAAGCUUUCUUCCCUAUAUCAUUUUCUGUCGUCUUCCUUAUAA